CGCUGGCAAAGCCAUAGCUUUUAUUUUGUUUUGACUUAUUUUGUGUUUUUUACGCUUUCGCGAAUAUGAUAAAAUAUAAACAAUACUCGAGAGCCAUUGUGGCACUACGACAAAGGGGAGCGCAACAGUAUUCAACAAAUGUCACGAGCGCUUCACAGCCUGAUGUCAAGGCCAACAACACCACCACCAUUAGUCCAGAAUGGCAGGAGGCCAAACCUUUCGAGGAGAUGCCAUCGAUGAACUCUUGGCCCAUCAUCAAAAAUAUGUUACCUUGGGGUAAAUAUGGCAAAAUGGAACCGACGCAAUUCCUAAUGGCCCUGCGCGAUGACAUGGGACCGAUUGUAAGAACUGCUGCUUUUAUGGGCCGACCACCCACAGUGAUUACCCACAAUCCACAUGAUUUUGAAAUGGUAUUUCGCAAUGAGGGCAUUUGGCCCAUAAGACCCGGCGGCGAUGCCCAAAUGUAUCAUCGCACGGUGCUGCGAGAGGAUUUCUUUCAGGGUGUCACCGGUCUGGUGUCUGUCCACGGAGAAAAAUGGGGCAGUUUUCGAUCCACUGUAAAUCCCGUUCUAAUGCAACCAAAAAAUGUUCGACUGUAUUUGAAUAAAAUGGCCCAGGUAAACGAUGAGUUUAUGGCAAGAAUUCGUCAAAUUCGUGGCCCCGAAACGCUGGAAGUCCCCGCCAGUUUCCAAGAAGAAAUGAAUCGUUGGACUUUGGAAUCGGUUUCAGUUGUGGCUUUAGAUAAACAAUUGGGACUGAUUACCACCAACCGUGAUAAUCCCGAUCUCAAGAAACUAAUUGGGCUGCUGAAUGAUUUCUUUGAACUGGGUCAGAAAAUUGAAUUCGGUCUGCCGUUUUGGAAAUAUAUAAAGACACCGACAUUUAAGCUAUUUAUGAAAACUCUGGAUGGACUCUUGGAAAUUGGUAAUAAAUAUGUCAAUGAGGCCAUUGACCGUUUGGAGGCCGAACGCCAAAGUGGAGUGCCAGAGAAACCGGAAAAUGAAAAGAGUGUGCUGGAGAAGUUGAUAAAGAUAGACAGGAAAAUUGCCACGGUAAUGGCCAUUGAUAUGAUAUUGGCUGGUGUGGAUACGACCUCGACCACAUUUACGGCCUUGCUGCUGUGCUUGGCCAAAAAUCCUGGGAAACAAGAGAAGCUGCGCCAAGAAAUUCGCCAAAUUCUACCCCGCAAAGGUUCACAAUUCGAGCCAAGCUCUCUCAAUCAUAUUCCCUAUACAAGAGCUUGCAUAAAGGAAGCCUUACGAAUGUAUCCGUUGACCUUAGGAAAUGCUCGCAUCUUAGCCAACGAUACUGUCCUAAGUGGUUAUCGUGUUCCAAAGGGCACCCUAGUGAGCAUGAUAUCAACAGGUUUGCUGCAUGAUGACAAUCACUAUACAAAAGCCAAGGAAUAUUUACCAGAACGUUGGAUGCGUCCAACCAAAGAAGAAGCCGAAGAUUCUGCCACAUGUCCCCACGUCUUAAAGGCCAGCAGCCCCUUCAUUUAUUUACCCUUUGGUUUUGGUCCCCGUAGUUGUGUUGGUCGCCGCAUUGUCGAAAUGGAACUGGAAUUGGGCAUUGCCCGCUUGGUACGCAAUUUCCGUAUUGAAUUCAAUUAUCCCACGGAGAAUGCUUUCAAAUUUAAAUUAAUUAAUGUUCCAAAUAUUCCAUUGAAAUUUAAAUUUACUGAUGUUGAAAAUUAAAACAUGGCGGAAAUUUAUCAGAAUAUAUCUAUUAAUAUGAACAAAUCUAAAAAAAAUAUUUAUUAAUACAAAAC